CCAAAACGCUCAGCCUCGGCCCGCCACAGACGGGGCUCUGCAUCGUCUCUGAUAUGUCACCCACCAUCUCCCACAAGGACAGCAGCCGGCAACGGCGGCCAGGGAAUUUCAGUCACUCUCUGGAUAUGAAGAGCGGUCCCUUGCCGCCAGGCGGUUGGGAUGACAGUCAUUUGGACUCAGCGGGCCGGGAAGGGGACAGAGAAGCUCUUCUGGGGGAUACCGGCACUGGCGACUUCUUAAAAGCCCCACGGAGCUUCCGGGCCGAACUAAGCAGCAUUUUGCUGCUACUCUUUCUUUACGUGCUUCAGGGUAUUCCCCUGGGCUUGGCGGGAAGCAUCCCACUCAUUUUGCAAAGCAAAAAUGUUAGCUAUACAGACCAAGCUUUCUUCAGUUUUGUCUUUUGGCCCUUCAGUCUCAAAUUACUCUGGGCCCCGUUGGUUGAUGCGGUCUACGUUAAGAACUUCGGUCGUCGCAAAUCUUGGCUUGUCCCGACACAGUAUAUACUAGGACUCUUCAUGAUCUAUUUGUCCACUCAGGUGGACCGUUUGCUUGGGAAUACCGAUGGCAGAACACCUGACGUGAUUGCUCUCACUGUGGCGUUCUUUUUGUUUGAAUUCUUGGCCGCCACUCAGGACAUUGCCGUCGAUGGCUGGGCGUUAACUAUGUUAUCCAGGGAAAAUGUGGGUUAUGCUUCUACUUGCAAUUCGGUGGGCCAAACAGCGGGUUACUUUUUGGGCAAUGUUUUGUUUUUGGCCCUUGAAUCUGCCGACUUUUGUAACAAAUAUUUGCGGUUUCAGCCUCAACCCAGAGGAAUCGUUACUCUUUCAGAUUUCCUUUUUUUCUGGGGAACUGUAUUUUUAAUAACAACAACACUGGUUGCCCUUCUGAAAAAAGAAAACGAAGUAUCAGUAGUAAAAGAAGAAACACAAGGGAUCACAGAUACUUACAAGCUGCUUUUUGCAAUUAUAAAAAUGCCAGCAGUUCUGACAUUUUGCCUUCUGAUUCUAACUGCAAAGGUUACAGUGUACAGCAUGUAUGUUUCUAUAAUGGCUUUCAAUGCAAAGGUUAGUGAUCCACUUAUUGGAGGAACAUACAUGACCCUUUUAAAUACCGUGUCCAAUCUGGGAGGAAACUGGCCUUCUACAGUAGCUCUUUGGCUUGUAGAUCCCCUCACAGUAAAAGAGUGUGUAGGAGCAUCAAACCAGAAUUGUCGAACACCUGAUGCUGUUGAGCUUUGCAAAAAACUGGGUGGCUCAUGUGUUACAGCCCUGGAUGGUUAUUAUGUGGAGUCCAUUAUUUGUGUUUUCAUUGGAUUUGGUUGGUGGUUCUUUCUUGGUCCAAAAUUUAAAAAGUUACAGGAUGAAGGAUCAUCUUCGUGGAAAUGCAAAAGGAGCAAUUAAUAUAUAUGCUACUGGACAUUCUAGCAAGGUAAUUGUAGUUUAGUUUUAAUUUGGAGAGCAAUGAUAAUCAGUGCACAGGAGUAUAAAAUAUUAUUUUAAACAGCGAAAUUAAUAAUAUAAAAUGCCAAAUGGUUGAAAAAAUAGAAACCUUUCUGUAUAUUUGAUCAUAUUUUUUUUUUUUGCCUUGUCAAUGUAUUUAAAGUUUACUUAAGGUCAGGAAAUUCUAAAACAACUUUUCUGGCUUUGUUAUUUGAUGUAUUUCUUUUAAAUUUACUGACCAAAGCAUGUUUUAAGCUGCAAUGCAGUAGUCAUGGGUGGUAACCAUGUAGUCAGGUAUUGUUAUUAGUACCUAUCACUGCUGAGCUGUAUUUAAAAUUUUGGUACAAUAUAUAAAAUGGAGAAGAGCUUGAUAUUCAGGUACUAACCACAACUAGUCUGACAUUGUUGGCAGUUAAAAUCUUAUUUUGAAUUGUAAAUUAGUUAAAUUUUAUGCGGAAUUUGCUGAGAAAAGAAUAUAGACUACUGAAAUGUCAUUUUAGUUAUUUUUCUUAUGACCACAUUGUACAAAUGAAUCUGUGUUAAAAAGACUAUUUUAAAUGUAUUUCCUGCUUUUGUAAGCAUUAAAGAUUUAUAAGAAAAUUAUUCAAACUAUUUUUUUAUAAAAUGAAAGUUAUGAUUUUUAAACUUAUUGAUUCCUCUUGCCCCUACCCCCUCUUUUUGGAAGAUAUUUUGAUUCCUUAUAAACUUUUACCCUAAGCUUAUAUAUGUUUUCUGUCACAAGUGCUUCAUGGCACACAGACAGCCAAUGGAGGGGAUCAAAUUCAGUGUUGUAUGUAUGUUUAUGGCAACGUUUUGAAAAUAAAAAUUAAAUGUUUUUCUUCAAGUAGUUUUUUUUUAAUUGCUGAGAGGAAAAAAAACAGUAAAGCUUUCUGAUUAAGUAAAAUUUAAAUGGGCAGUACCAUAAUUUAAAAAACUAAUACUUUAAAGAGAAAGACAAAGAUAUUUUGUGCCUUUGACAAAUUAAAUCUAAUAGUGGAAAAAUGUGUCUUAAUUAAGCACUUUACUAGUGAAAAAGAUCUCACAAUUUAUGCCAAAUCAGGUACUGUAUUUUCAUGUAUUAACACAUAACCUUUUGUUUGAAUACUAUAGUUUUCAGUGGACAGUUGCUAUUCCAAGAAAAUUAAGCUUUUGAGUACUUUAGCAAUUCCCAGCAUAUUACAUACACCCAGUGAUAAGGUUAUUUGCAUGUUUUGUGUUAUGUAUUACUCUGACUCUUUAGAGAUUAUAUAAAUCCUCCAAAAGUUAGAUGAAACAAGAUAGUACAUUAUGAGUCUUAAUUUUAUCAUUGUGGAAAAAUGUGUACUAACUCCUGAUUUUGUUAAUUUUAUAACAUAGGUUGAAUUUUAGAGUGGGGUUUUUAUAAGUAAUGGAGGAUAAAAUGGGUGGGAGAAAAUGGCACACAGCACCUGAAGAAAGACGGGGCAGUGACCUCUAGAACUCAUGCAUUGCCAUUGGAAAGCCUGUGUUGGGCAUCGAUGUCAGAUCCUGAAGAAUCACCUGGAAAAAAAUCCCAUCCUAGAGGCAAGGAGGCUACACCAAACCAUAUACUACAGUACUUUGUCACAUGGUUGUCCAUUAUCAUGUAUUAGAGUCUAAAUGAUUACUUGAAUAAAGAAAAAAAACCACUUAACUCUUA